UGACCCUUCAAAUGUCAUGUCAUAUUAUAUUUUUUCAAAUAAAAUCGUUUUUAUAACACUCAAAACUCAAAUUCAAAUAUUUUUUCUUUAUAGGAAUUAUAGGUAGUCUAAUUAAUAUUUGUGUUACUGUUCGAUGUAUCCAUUUAUGCAACAAAUCGUGGAUAAUGAGUCAAUUAAAAUUGGAAUCAAGAUCCGACUUAAAUCUUCAAGAAGGGCUUCAAGAAGAAGAUGCUGAGGAAGCCAAAGAGACCGAAUCGUCUAUAACUGAAGGAUCUUAUCAAAUAAAACCGUCGUUACAAUCAAAAUUUAAGGAACUACCUGUGAAAGAAAUAAUGAGGGGCGUACUUGAAGAUUUAUUGGCCGGGAAGGCAUACGACCCAGAGAUGGUUCAAAGCUGGACAAUUACGAUAGCAAACGAAGUCAGUGACCGAGUAAAAGAUCUCGAGAUGAAAAGGUACAAGCACGUAGUGCAAGUGCUCCUCGGUGAAAUGAGAGGGGCAGGCGUGAAAUGCGGAGCUCGGUGCGUUUGGGAUUCCGAAGUGGACAAUUACACGAGCGAGAUAUUCUUGAAUGAUACUAUAUUCUGUGUUACGACGGUAUUUGCGGUUUACUUAUAUUAAAUAAAAUUCGAUUUGCA